GUCUGACGAUGGUAGACUGGAGAGACGGAUGGUCAGAGCCGUCCCUGUAUAACCUGAACAUGCAAGUGUAACUUGAUUCUUGUCGGUUUACUUUGCCUAACCAGGUUGCACAAUUAUUUAGCUUUUAGUUAGUCAUAUUAUAUUUAAAAUUAUGGAGGACGACUGUGUGUGUGACUACGACUCGACCUGGGACACAGAGAGUGAUGGAGACGACCCGGCCGGAGAGAGCCAAACCCGUCGGUUAUGUCCAGACAAAAACAAGUCUGCCUGGACUUUAGUAACUUGGCAUCACACGCCAAGAAACAUGAGAGCAGCAAAGGACAUGCAGACCUACAGAAGAGAAUAUCCAAACCUCGCUGACGACGAGUGCUCAGAAGACAAAAUGAACAAUUUGCAGUUUUAUCUUAAUAAAUUUCCUUCUGCUCCGGAUGAUGUCUACAUAGAAUCAUUUCUGAAGGAAUGGAAAAACGACUACAAAAGAUUGGAGAGAGUUCACUCGUAUAUUCAGUGGCUGUUUCCACUGCGAGAGCCGGGGGUUAAUUACAUGGCUUCAGAACUCACCAAGAAGGAAAUUGAGGCUUUCAAGAAGAACGAGGACGCCAAAAGGAGACUUGUUGAGUCCUAUGAACUCAUGUUGGGCUUCUAUGGCAUGCGAUUGGUCAGCAAAGAGACGGGUGAAGUGAAACGAGCAGAUAACUGGAAGGAGCGAUUUGGAAAUCUAGAGCGAAACAUGCACAACAACCUGCGCAUCACUCGCAUCCUGAAGAGCCUCGGCGAGCUGGGCUUCAAACACUUCCAGGCCCCUCUUGUGCGCUUCUUUCUGGAAGAGACUCUAGUUAAAAAGACCCUCAGCAGUGUUAAACGCAGCGUCCUCGACUACUUUCUGUUUGCUGUAAAGGACAAGCAGAAACGUCAGGAGCUUGUGCACUUUGCAUACCUUCACUUUGAGCCAAAGGAUAAGUUUGUGUGGUGUCCCAGAAAGAUUCAGAAACAAUUCAGAAAGGCAGAGAAAAGAUCGGAUGCAGUUGGGAAUGGAGACGGAAAAGAGGAGGUGCUUUCACGGGGCAAAAGCAAAGACGGAGAAGCAGUUGUGCAGCAAAAAGAGGAUGGACUUGAUAAUAUUUCAAAGGCUCAGAAGGGAACUGAUCAAACUGUGUGUAAAGAAAAAAACAAAGAGUCAGAGGCACCCCCUGAGCCAAAAUCAGACUCUGAGACUGUCGAUAAUGGAAAUGCUGAGGCAGAAUCUAAUAAUGAAAUAUUGGGCAAUGGAAGUGACUCAACGGAGAAUGUUGAUGAGAUGGAUCAGUCGCCCAGUCCUGAGUCUGUGACGUCAGAACCCAAGACCUGUGUGGACAGUGAGGAGAAACUUUCCAACAACUCAAAGGACAGCAAGCAGGAACCCGACAACAUUAUGCAAACAGAUGGCGACAUAGACACCGAGAAACCACCGAAGAAGAAGAGGGAGGAUGACAAGGUGCUGCCAAGCAACGGCUCCGCUGGGGACUUGGCCGGUGGGCAGAUGGAAGAAAAAGCUGCGUCUAAUAAAGCCUCUGGUCAGACGAGCCCAUCAUCGCAAACCCCCCUUAAGACUUCAAAACACUCGCCCUCCCUUUCUUCAGGAAGGGAGGAAAAAAUCCCAAGGACUGAUUUUAAUCAAGUGCCAGACAAAAAGGAAGAGGAAGAAACGUCACAGGAAAAUGGGUCAGCCACAAAUGGGUCAGAGACGAGCGCUGACAAAGGUGUGGAUGAACAGACGAAUGGGAAGGAGGCGGAAGAUACUGAUAUGGAAUCGAAGCCCUCAAGCUCAGACCCAAAUAUGGGGAAUUCAUGAAAAAACUGUUUGAUAGAAGGAAAACAUUAGUUGAAGCUAAAAUGAAAUGUAAUAUAGGGACAGAGUAUGAUUUUCUGGGCCUUAUUUCUGCUAUGUUUGAUGUUUAGAUAUGGAUUCUUUUUACUUUGAAGGAGAAUAUGAACUCAUGUGGGACUGGAUGUGACUCAGUUUCUACAUGGCCAUCUGAAAAUAUGGAAGGACGAGGCUGGUGAUAUUCUGUGUUUUUGAUUGUUGGCAACAAAUCCUGUGAUAGGUUAUCAACAGAAAACUUGAUGGACUGCUGUGAUCUGCAGGGAUGUGACGGCCUGUAACAUAUCGUUAGGCUCAUUGUCACUAGCUUUUUACUUGUGCUGGAGAUAGAGGAUCUGUGAGGAAUUGGCAGGUCAGCUGUCCUCAGAAAUUCAGUUACACAUUUAAAUUGACGAACUUUGGAGAAUUAUUAUCCUAACGUAUGCUAACGUAAUAAUGCCUCACUACAGUAUUAAUAUCGUCAUUUUUUCACUGAGGCUAAUUGUUCUGCUCAAUCUUUUUUUUGAAAGACCUUCACAGGUUCUGUGAUCAAAGGACAAGAAAUGUGAUUUUUAAUCCUCUCUUUGUGCUAACAUGUAUUCAUUGGUACAUAUUAAAGAAGGCACUCCUUAGUAGACCCACAGUUAGAUUGGUCUUAAAAAUUGUGACAUGCCUGCAGUGAAAACUCAACAUGCUAACAACCUCAUUGUGUUAAUGAUAGCGACUUCUCUACACUGGCUGUGGCACAGUUCUUAUUUAAGACGUUAAUUUAACAAAUUCACAGCAGCUAAAAAAGGAAGUGUGUAUGUGGGAUUGAAAUGAAACAAGUUAACUUCUGUGACAGUGUCUCGUUUUUCUCGAGUUUUAUUUUGGAGUUUUUGGGCGAGAGUGAAGUUCUGAGGCACAGAUGACACGGCUUUGAAUUCACAGAUAAAACUUUGUUUAGGUCUUUCAAAAAGGAUUUAUUGACAAUAACAAAAUGAACGUCUAUCACCAGACUUCUUCUUCACCUUUGUAAUAAGAAGUCCGUCAAUAACUGGUAUUUAAUACUAAAAGCACUAUUAUUAAUGUAUAUCAAUGGAAUGGAUUGUUCUCAGCAUUUUAACACCUUAAUACUUCGAAGAAUUGAGCUCUUUUUUUCUCUUUUUUUUUGCACUGAAAAAAAAAAAAUAAUAAUAAUUUUCUUAUUUUCCUUUUUUUUCUUGUGUGUUAAAUCUUUCUGCACCCAUUUGUGUUUCUGCUGAACCCUGAUGCUCCAACGGGUUUAAGACUGAAUGUCAUUGAAGAUAUGUUUCCGUAAACUUGCACAUCUGUGUUUUCAUGCAGAUUUGGGAAGUAGACUUUUGAACAUUGAGAACCUUGCCAAAAAAAAUGUGAAGAGACUGGUUGAUUGUACAAUAUGUCUGUAUGUUGGCGGGAAUGAGUAAGCUUUGGCUACGAUUUAAAGUCCACUGUGUGUUCAUUUGACUUGUUUGGUCAUGACAUAUCACAAGCCAGUUUGAUGAUGUUAAUGCAUUUCUUUACAUUUGCACUUAAGUUUUCACUGUUAAUUGUUGAUGUUUUGGUAUUUACAGAAUGAAAUGGUAAUGACUUUUCAAAAGUGCUGAAUUCUUUAUAAAUGACUUUUCCCUACUACAUAUCUAGCUGUUAACAAAUCAGAAUAAAGUGAUACUAUUUUUGGAUGUUUUUAUGAAACUGAUAUGUGUUUAGCCAAAGUCUGACUUCGGUUAUAGAUUAUUCAAUUGUAACUCUCAGGAUAACACUGUGGUAGAUGUCAGCUUUUGCUCCUAUUCCUGAGACUCCUUUUGUUAUGUUUUUUAAUUUCCCAGUGCAGCAUAAAGUCAGACGUAUCCGUCUAUUUCUCCAGCCUCAGCGAAGACACGACUCACAAGAGAGGAGGGAGAAAGAUGCUAAAGAUAUUGAUGCAACACAGUCUGUUCAGACCUCAGGAUCAGUGUGCAUUUGAGGCUGUGAGUCAGGAGGAAGAAUACAUACUGUUCAAGUUUGCUGUUUGUUUUUGCCCCCCUCCCUCCCUGUUUGGAACAUUAUAAAUAAAACGUCUUAACAGUU